CCUGUGCGAAGAUUUCUCGUAUAGACCAAGAUACAAGAAUCAAAUAUUGAUAUCAACACCUCUGAACUUCUACUUUUUCAGCUCCUGUUCUGUAUUCACCCACCCCACUUGAGAGGCCUUGGAGUCUCACCCCGUGUACACAGACUAUGUCUGCUGCGAAGCUAACAUCUCUUGCUACCUCAACACUUUCUCUCCUGCUUGAACGACAGCGCCUCCAAGCUUCCCAUCCCACUCUACAUCUGCAACCAAUAUCAACUAAUUUACAUAAGAUUAGGGAGGGUGUCAUAAUUCUCCGCACGGCAUCUGAUGAUGAAGCUGCGGAAACUCUCGGAGCACACUAUGAACGACUGCGUGGUAUGUUGGGGGAAGAAGAAGCAGAGAAGGCUGGACUGCAUCCAAUACCCGCUCCGAUGCCACCGUCACCCCCACCUUUAGCAGAACGUGUUCCCAGCCCUGAGGCAACUUACGAACCAUACACUGACGAUCCUUCGCCGGAGCCAGAUGAAAAUGGCAUUUUACUGCAACAGAGACAGAUGAUGGACGCGCAAGACGUUCACCUUGACCACCUCUCUUCUUCAAUUGGUCGACAGCAUCACAUAUCACUCCAGAUAGGUGACGAGCUCGAGGUACAUACAGGACUCCUCGAUGCCCUAGACACUGAGCUCGACGGUACCGGUGCCCGCAUGUCCAAUGCGAGGCGCAAACUUGAACGUGUCGCUCAGGGCGCGAAACGAAAUGGCUCCACAGUCACGAUUGCGCUCCUCAUACUAAUACUUCUGAUCCUUAUUGUAGUGUUCAAGACCUGAUGAGAGCCGUAUUCAUGUAUUGUGCACAUCCUACGGUAAGACUUGGAAGGGACUUUCAAUCUGCUGGCAUUACGAUACCUUAGUGUCGAUUUUUUAUUCCUCGCUCAGACUUGCGUGCUGACGGACGCUGAGGGAGCAGCUUCCCCUGAAUAUACUCUAAACAUGUCCGAUUUGAUUUGUCCAGGGUAGCUGCAAAAUGCAGUUGCUCGUUAUAAGCUCCAGCAAGAGACUCCAGGCGGUAUGUGGUGUCUAUAAUCUCAGGGGAGUGAUAUUUUGAGUUCAGUAUCCCGCGAAGACCUAACCCUAAUCCUUCAUGCGGGUCUCGCUAAUUUGCGAAGCAAGGUCAAUGCCAGCCGC